AUGAAGGGCACAGAUACACAUGCAUUUUUUUGGUGGCUUCAAAUAAUUUCAGAGAAUAGUGAUAAUGCCUUUCACAAUCAAAAUGAGGAAGCGAAUGAUAAAGAUAAAAAUAACACAGCAACACCUUGCCCUGGGAAACCCAGCGUUGGCGUCCCUGGCAUAGACGAGUGUGCGGAGCGCUCACUCCCCCUUCCCCGACAAAACAUAAGCGCGCGCGGAGAGGUCGCGGACCGAACCAGCAGCAGCAGCAGCUGCCGGCGCGGAGAGAAGGUGGUGUUAGUGGGAGGGGGCGGGGUCGGGCGGCGCGUGCCCCCGGCGUGGAAAGCCCCAACCGCAGGAGGCGGGCGGCGAGAGCCCUUGCAGCAGCAGCGCCGACGCCGCACCGCGCCGCACCGCGCCCCGCCACGCGCCUGCUUUCCUCGCACGCUGCGACAAAUUCGGGAGCUGAUCGAUUCCAUUAGGCAUCUGCUCACUCGCUUUUCCAUCCAGCGAAAGCUGUUUCUUGAAAAACUAAAUGCAGUAGUUCACGAGCUGGAAGACUUCCUUAAAGUAAUUCACCCUUUUCAACAGAGGCAGUGCAACAGGGUUCAUAGAUUCGACAUCGGCGUGACCGCCUUGGAAAGAUUGUUAUGCCGACUCAAGCAAUUCGAAGCGCGCGACGCGGCGCGGCGCGGCGGCGGCGUAAUUCCCGACCCGCGGCGGGCGAUGAGCGAUGGGCGACGGGGCGGCGCCUUUUGCUUUUUUUGCGUCCGCGCGCUGCGAAUACACAAGGCGCCUGCCGCUUUGCCCCCGGCCGCUCGGCCGUUGCUUCCGAACGCUGGAAAACCCAACCGCGCGCGCGCCCGAGGAGCCCCGGCGAGAGAGGAUGCUGUGUAUAAGAAGCAGUCGGCGGGCGCCGCGGGCCGCAUUGCGCAAGCGCGGCCCAGGCGGCCGCCGGAGCGAAGCGCACCGCCCCGCGACGCGACGCGACGCAACGCGACGCGGCGCGCGGCUCGGAGGGACGCCCUCGCACCGCACAGCAACGCGCCACGCCCCCGCGACGUCGACCGCCGGCGCCACGCGACGCUCAACGCGCAAGACACAGAGACAAGGCUACUCAGAUUAGCAUCACGUAUUGUUAAUAAAAUUGUACCCGCGACAGCAAUUUUCAGUAAAGCUCAUCUUAAUAAUACAUUAGUUAUAAUUAAAAGAAAAUGGAGUAAAGUACUGUGUGCAAGAAAUUCAAAGCAGUCACAUCGCAUAUUAUUGGAGUGGAUAGCAUUGUGUGAGAAGCCGAAGCUAAUAUUAGCAUCGCAUCCUUUGCACUGUCUUUCUCCCUUCUUUUGUAUUCCUUCCUUUUGUACUGAAAGCCAAGCAGGGACGUAUAAAUGUCCUCGGGGCGCGGGUGCCACCCCGCCCUCGCAGCGCCUUCGCACCUCCGCUGGGCGGGAACACGGCGCCAGGCUAUUUACAGCACACCUUUACCUGGAAGCUUUUGAAAAACUUUCCGGCCAGCCUAAUGCGAGGGGCGACACCCGGCGAUCUCCAACAAUAGUGUUCCUGGAAGACGCCAAUACAAAUCUGUCGGGAUUGUCAUGUGAAGUAGUUGGCCCAAAACGUGAAGUGAGCCUUGCGCAGGCUCGCAGUGGCCGGCGCGGGGCCGGCGAGAGAUCGGCGGUGCCGCGCUGCGGCAGGCAACCGCCUCCCUCUCUGCCUCCUCCUCCCCCACCUCCCGCCGCGGCGCGCUCUCGCUCCGUUCUCUUCCGCCGCCGCCGCCGCCGCCGCCGCCGCGGUCAGUCGCAGGCAGAGCGCCGAGCUGGCGAGAGGGGCGUGAGCGAUUGCGAAGCGCGCUGCGCGGUCUCGUGGCACCUCGUGCAUUCGGUGCACCGAUUCGGUGACGUGCGUGGUGAAUGUGACAACGUGCACAGUGCGUCUUGCUGGCGGUUACGAGCCCGCCAACUGCGGCAUUUCGUCGGGGCUUCAAGGAAAAACACCGUGAAGGACGAGGUGGCAGCAAUGGAAAGAUUCCGAGAGAUUUCCAAUUGUAGGAACGAGUACGACGCUGCACACCGAAUGCGCGUUGACGAGGACGAUUUUCUCCGCACAGUUGAAGCGAGGGAACCAACACCACCACCAACAACAAAAACAACAACAACAAUUGAACAAACUGUGAACGGUGAGGCCGGUGAGGCCGCGCGGGACGGCACCCGUGACGCGCAGCCAGGGUGA